AGUUCCUUCUCGCUUCUUUCAGCGGAACAGCUGACUGCGCAGUUGGUUGUGCCAGCGGAUUCCUAGCUAGUAAUCGAACAGGAUAAACGUCGUUUUGUGUGAACUACAUUAGGGUUUGCGGGGUUUUGGAUAUUUAUUCAGGGCAGAUAAUGGCUGAUACGGAUCCUAAAUCAGUGCAGGACUUCACAAAUGUGGUCCAAACCUUGCUGCAACAAAUGCAAGACAAGUUCCAGACUAUGUCAGACCAGAUUAUCGGAAGGAUUGAUGAGAUGAGCACGAGGAUUGAUGACUUGGAGAAGAACAUUGCAGACCUGAUGACCCAAGCAGGCGUAGAAGAAAAUGGGGGAACGCCUGAAAAGCCGAAAGAAGGUCAAGGCUCUUCAUGAAGGUCCAGAGACACAACAGCCUGAUCCUAUGUACUGGAGCAGCAAAAUUCCUAUCCUGAAAAUGACAUUGACUUGUGUGAUAUCUAUUUUUUUUUUUUUUAAACCGACUGUUGUGACAAGUGGUUGUAUUGAUGUAAAGACAAGUGGAAUGUUGUUUGUAAGAUAGAAAAGUGUGUUUUUCCUGUUAGAACUUUAGUAGUGCAAGAAUACAAAUGGGUUUUAUGCACAUAUAGGGAUAUUGUCCAAUGUUGUUUAUAGAUUCUUGUGAAAUGAAAUGCCGGCUGAUUGAGACAUUGUUGCCCAGGCCUGUCAUGACAAUACUGCCACCAGAAAGUAUACACACCCUUUUUUCAGCAUAUUUUGCAGUGUUUUUUUUUUUUGAAAAUCGGGUAGAGUAGUUUUCCAUCCUUCAAUUUUCUUAGCCGCUUAUCCUCACAAAGGCUGCGGGGAGUGCUGGAGCUUAUCCCAGCUUUGAGUAGUUUUACAAACAACAAAAAGUAUCCCAUAAUGACAAGGUAAAGGUAGUUUAAGACAGUUGUGCAAAUGUAUUGGAAAAUGUAAAUGGUCAAACAUAGCUGCAUAAGUAUAUACACCGUUGGUUUGAUAUUAUGUUGAAGCACGUUUGGCACCUUUCUACUUUGGUUUCAUCAGACCAGAGAAUUUUAUACUUGCACGUCUGAAAAUAUUUAAGGCUUCCAUCUGGCCACUCUAUCAUAAAGACCUUUCAAGAUUCUUCUAUCUCUGCAAGGGAACAUUGGAGCUCUGCCUUAGCGAUCAUAUGGUUCUUGUUCACCUCUCUGACCAAGGUGCUUUUUCUCCAGCUACUCAGCUUAGUCGGAAGGCCAGAUCUAGGAAGAGUCCCAGUGGUUCUAACUUCUUCCAUUUCUGAAUAAUCGGGACCUUCAGUGCUGCUGAAAAUCCUUUUGUAUCCUUCCUCAGAUUUUCGCCUUGACACAGUCUGGUCUGAGGUCUGCAGACAAGCUGCAUUCCUAUGUUUCUGCUUUGAUAUGCGCUGCCAAAUACGAAACCUUUAAAUAGACAAGUGUGUGCCAUUCCAAAUUCUGUUACAUCAACGAAAUAUAUAACGGCUGGACUCUAUUGAACUUUUAGAAGCAUUCAGGAUAGUCAGAUGCACCCGGGCAUAAAGAUGUGAUUACAUAUGUACCUAUUAUGUUUGAAUGUUUACAUCUUUUAUACAUUUACAGAAAUGUCUGAAAAUGUUUACUUUGUCAUUAUGGGCAAUUUUAUGUCGGUGUGAAUACUUUCUGGUGGCACUGUAUGUGACUUUGCAGGCUAAUAAGAUUAACACCUGACCUGCAUUUUUGAAACUGUUCAUGUACCGUGAGAUGCAUUCCUCUUAGAUUUUCUAUAAAAUAUAUUUGGUGCUAGGUGCUGAUCAGGAGGUGAUUUUGUAAA